AUGAAGAAACUGGAUUACAACCAAAGUAAUGCUGAUCACACAUUAUUUUUUAAACACUCUUCUUCAGGGGGAGUUAUAUUUCUAUUAGUUUAUGUUGAUGAUAUUAUCAUCACAGGAAAUGAUGAAGGGGAGAUCCAAAACUUGAGCAAUUGUUUGACCCAAGAGUUUGAUGUCAAGACUUUGGGACGUCCCAAGUAUUUUUUUGGAAUCGAAGUGGCACAUUCUUCUAAAGGCAUUUUUAUUUCUCAACGAAAGUACAUAACAAAUCUGUUAGCUGAAACAAGGAAAUCUGCGUGUAAACCAGCCAAUACACCUAUUGAUCCAAACCAGAAAUUGUGUAUGGCAGAUGAAGAAAUUUCUAUUGACCGUGAGAUGUAUCAACAUCUCAUUGGCCGACUACUUUAUCUAAUACACACUCGACCGGAUAUCUCAUAUGUAGUGAGUAUAUUGAGCCAAUUUAUGCAUCAACCUAAAGAGUGUCAUUUACAUGCUGCCUACCGAGUGCUACAUUAUUUGAAAGGCACACCAGGAAAAGGGGUUCUUUUUAAACGAAGUGGAAAGGUAGAGUUUGAGAUGUUUACAGAUGUUGAUUAUGCAGGCUCAACGAUUGAUCGAAGGUCAACCUCCGGUCAUCUUACUUUUGUUGGUGGCAAACUUGUCACUUGGAGGAGUAAAAAAACAGAAUGUAGUUGCUUGGUCAAGUGCUGA